AUGAGUGAUAUAAAGGUACAGACAUCGGAACUAACAGAGGUGGAUGGCUCAGCUAGGCUUACUGUCGGUAAUACCACUGUGCUUGUUUCGGUAGCUGGUCCCAUUGAAGCAAAACCAAGGCAGGAGUUGCCCACACAGGCUAGUUUGGAGAUUGUUGUACGCCCAAGUCGAGGCGUCAGCUCCACCAGAGAAAAAGUUCUUGAAGACCUUCUUAGGUCUGUGCUACAGCUGACUAUAAUCCGUUAUCGUUAUCCUCGUCAACUUAUACAGAUAGUUGUUCAGUUUCUCACAACCGACGUCGAUAGAGAAGGCUCUAUUGUGGUAUCUGGCGAUACUGCUGCUUCCGGCGGUGCCUUCACGUCUAAUGAGCUUAGUGCUGCUCUAAAUGCAAGCUACUUUGCCUUGGUCGAUGCUAAUGUCGCUCUUUAUAACUCCUUUGCAUCCAUUUCUGUUGCUAUCGAUAGCGAUGGUAAAAUUAUUGAAAACCCAUCGUUGAAGCAGCUUCAAAACAGCAACAGUCAUCAUGUUGUGUGCUUUGAAAUACGAGAAAAACAAGCUCAAAAAAUGUUACUUGUUGAAAGUGACGGCUCGUUCUCAGAAGAACAGCUUCUCAGUGUAAUAGAACUUGGAGCUGACGAGUGUCAAAAGAUUCACAGCACUAUCCAACGCCCUAUUGUUGAAGAGAAGGUCAACCAGGACUUCAUUUGGGCAAACUAA